AUGAAGAAGCUGGACGAAACAUGUCUUCCUCCCAAGGAGGACUUUUUCUCAUCGUUGACGAACGAGGGACUUUUUAAUGCCAUGGCCUAUGCCGGAGCCGGAUUUCUUUUCUUGAAAUUAAAUAGACAAGGAUACAAGGAAGAAGUGAAAAGAUAUAACCAAGCAUUGGAAAAACUUGCGAAAGCAAAUGAAAAAUUUUAUGAAUCCGAAUUAAAGCGGACGAACGACGAAGCUCGACGUCGAGCAGAGAUCGUGGAUGCUAACAAGGACAUCGAGGAAACAAACAGAGCGCUGGAAGAUUUAAGAAAUUUUACGAGACUUAUGGAUGACUCGACAUCACAGCGCAGACCGAAAUUGGAAGAUUAUUAUCAAUCGUUGGACGAAAUGAAAACGUAUGCGAUGAUGACGAUGGACGUUUUGGGGGGUGGUGGUGCCUACGGUCUAUGUUGUCGGGAGGAAGAAAUUUAUCUUCGUAGUUCUUGUUCUAUUUGUUGUAUUUCCGGCAGAAUCUAUAUCUUCGAACUCAACACCUAA